UUGAAGGAGUGGGAACGGUUCCAUUGUGGAAAAAGACUGUUUAAUAUUAUCGGAGGGGGGAUCUGUCUCAUCUCCACCAAUACACAGUGUGGAAGAAAUAAGAAAUGACGUCAGACGUCUCUGGCAGACGGUGCAAUUUCUAGUAGUUAGUUAAUCUAUUAAUAGCGGAGAUUAUUGCAAAGAACGUUGCGUUAUCCGGUGUUCAUUCUUAUCGCCAAUUACGCGGUGAUUGUACCAAAGUUGCGUUUUCGCGAUUCGCAUAUACGAGGUGUCUUCUCGGUGAAAUCUUCGUGUUCUCCUUAUUUAUACGAUGACGGAUCCACAGAGCUGUCAUGAUUGCGUCACUCGUGAACUGACAAUCAAAGAAAAGGAAUAUGCAGCGGCGAAUUUGAACGAGACCGAUGAGAACAGAGAAAAGGCCAUCACGCACAUUAGACACUGGAUCCAGGAGAAUGAUGAUUUAUGCGCUCGCACCGAUGAUUUUUUUAUUUUGCGGUUUUUGAGAGUUUGCAAGUUUGAUAUUGAAAAAACCAAAACGAGGAUACGAAAUUAUUAUAAACUACGAUUCGAUCUGCCGGAAUGGUUUGCAAACAAGGAUCCCUUUAGGCCAGAACUGCAGGACCUGCUCGACACAGGAUUAAUUUUGCCCUUACGAAAGUUGGACGAUCAGAAAAGGAGUGUUCUUUUCGCGCGUGUCGGUCGGCAAAAUCCAUCCACACAGAAAUUCACAGAUCUAUGUAAGGUCGGUCACCUGGUAAUGGAAGUGUUAACGAGGAAUCAUGUUGAAGCAUCCAUAUACGGUUGCGUCGUAUAUGCAGAUUUCGAUCUUGUGCAUAUGGGUCACGUUACUCAAAUGCGUCCUUAUAUCCUGAGGAAUGCGAUCCACUCAUUGCAAGAUUGCUUUCCGCUGCAAAUCCAGUCACUCAAUUUUAUCAACACACCGGAGUGUGUUAAUGUAGUUCUGAAGUUUUUGAAAUAUUGCAUGAACGAGAGUUUGAAGCAGAGGGUACAGAUUUAUACGAAAAAAAUGAUGCAUAAUUGUUUCAAUGAUAUCCCGGCUGAUAUCUUGCCGGUCGAAUAUGGCGGUACUGAUGGUACAAUCGUAGAAUUAAAAGAAUAUUGGAAGAAAGUGCUCGAAGAGAAUCGCGACUGGAUUAUUGAUGAUGAAAAGUACAAGCUAGUGUCAAAAAAAAAGUAGCCCGAGAUGUGUCCGAAUUAAUCUCACGUACACAGAGUAAUAAUUGCCGACUACUUAAAAUUGAUAAAACGGUGUUGAUAAUAAAUAACGUGAUAUUAUUUAAAUAAGGGAUAAAUUGAUAAUAAGGUGAUAAGGUAACAAAAAAAAAAAACGACAAUCUAAUAUAUCGAUGUAUAUCGAUGCGGUACAUAGAAUAUGUGAUUAAGAUUUUCAUAAAAAGAAAAUAUAUUUACUUGCGUGUA